CAUAGUGUGUAAAGAAAGAAGAAACCCACCAAUAUCCUUUCACCAAAAAAAAGAAGAAAAACUCCCCCCCUUUGGCUUAGCCAUGGAAUUUGAACAACAACAAGAAGCACUUCUGUUGGAAAAAGUCUGUGCCCUUUACAACCAAAUCUCAAGCCUUUCUAGCCUUAAGCCUUGUAAAAAUGUCGACACUCUUUUCACUCAACUCGUCCUCACGUGCUCACAGCACCCACCUCCUCCUAUUGGCUUUGAUAUUGCUUCUUUGUCUCAGCCACUUCGAGCCAUGAGGGCUCAUCUCAUUCAACUUUGUGCUCAAGCUGAGGCUCUUCUUGAACUUCAUUUCUCUUCCCUUUUGGCUUCUUCUUUUCAUCAUCCUAUUUCUAAUUUGUCUAUCUUCCCUUACUACUCUAAUUACUUGAAGCUUUCCCUUCUUGAGUUUGAUAUUCUUCGAUCUCAUUCUCGUCGUAUCCCCGAUAAAGUUGCCUUUGUUGGCUCCGGUCCCCUCCCGCUCUCCUCCAUUGUCUUGGCGUCUAUUCAUCUUAAGGGUACUAUUUUCCACAACUUUGACAUUGAUCCAACAGCAAACACCAUGGCAAGUCAAUUGGUUUGCUCUGACCCAGACUUAUCACAAAGAAUGAUAUUUCACACAAAAGAUGUAAUGGAAGUAACAAAGGGAUUAAAAGAUUAUGAAGUAGUGUUCUUAGCAGCAUUAGUUGGAUUAGGAGAGGAAGAAAAAGGAAGAGUUUUAAAGCAUUUGGGGAAACAUAUGGCAGCUGGUUCAUAUUUGAUGCUAAGAAGUGCUCAUGGAGCAAGAGCAUUUUUGUACCCUGUUGUUGAUAUUUGUACUGUUGAAGCUUCUGGAUUUGAGAUUUUGUCUGUGUUCCAUCCCACCGAUGAAGUUAUUAACUCUGUGGUUAUUGCAAGGAAGAAAGUCAUGUUCGAUCAAAGCUCGGACGAGGACGAGGACGAGGACGAGAAGCAAGGUAUUUUAGUCAAUACUUCUUCUAUUGUGUUGGCUGAGAAAUGCUCUGGGUUUAAUGGCUUUACUCCCAUGAUUGAAGAGCCACUUUCUUGAAGUUUUUAUCGUUGUAUUUGCAUUUGAUUUUCAUUCACCCUACUCUAAAUCUAUAUGUUUCUAUGGCAAGUUCCUUUUUUAUUUUGUGUCGGUCCAAAGAGUUUUUACCUUCUUUUCUUUACGUAUAGAUCAAAUUGUUAAAGUGAGUUUGACUCAGUGAUAUUGACAUACACUCUAUCUCUAGAGGCCAAAAGUUCAAUUCUUCACCUCA